UGUUGAGGGCUUGGAUAUUGAAAGCACAUCCCCAAACAAACUAGAAUAUCGACCCAAAAAAAAACAUGUAGGCCAGACUAGAGCGCCCCCCGCCCUCCUCCCCUUCCGACCAGGAGACUCCAAGCGGAGGUAUGGAGAACCUCCCUCUUCCCAUUCUUGUCGAGAUACUAAGUCGGCUUGGCGACUCCACCGACCUCGCUCGCUGCCGCCUCGCUUCCCGAACCCUGCGAUUCCUAUCCUGCGACGUCCGAUCCAUAUCCGUGGUUUGUUCCCGCGAACGCUUUCUCCGAUCUCGCGCUCCCGCGACGAGGGACUUCAUUAUCCCCUUCCGAACCCUCGUCCUCAAUCUGCUGUCCUUUUUGUCGGGAAGCGAGGGAGCCCUCCGCUCACUCUCUAUCUCCGCGGAGGUGCCCGAUGCCGCUGGUGCUGAUGAGGAGGAAGAUGAUGUUGGCUUUGAUGAUGCCGAUGAUCUCCACCUUACUUCUGCUGAUUUCCUCUCUCAGUGCCUCCCAUCGGUUGCAUUAGGGCUGACUUCCCUCUCCAUUGGGGACUAUUGGUGCCAGGCCUGCUGGCGGCCUUCGACAGCAUUGCAGGUUAUCUCGGAACAAUGUUGUAACCUGCUGAACUUAGAAAUGAAGAAUGCUUCUCUGUCAGUCGAUGGGCUUAAACCCAUGCCAAAACUGACCAACUUAAGGCUCGAAUUCAUUAGAUUAGAUGACGAAGACCUAGACAAAGUCAACGAGAGCUUUCCUUCCCUUAAAAUUCUCAAAUUAAUUGGGGUUGGAGGCCUAAGAAAGCCUACGAUUAGCCUUCCACAUCUAAGGAUAUGCCAUUGGACGGUUUCAAAUUUCCCAUUGUGUUUAGCCGUUCAUGCACCCAACUUAGUCGAGUUGAAAUUAGAAUGUGUUGAACCAAAAUAUCUUGUUCUUGAAGCCCCACUCCUAUCUCAAAUCAACCUUAAGAUCAAAAAACCAGGUGGACUCAUCAAAGUUCAUAGUUUUCCUUACUUGAACUCCAUCAAACUGAAAACAUCAGAUCUAAAAGGCAUCAAACGACUGUUUGAAGGGUGUAAAGCUGUCACGAAGUUGGAGCUUGAAGGAUUCCAAUCUUCCAAUGCCAAUGAAUCGUUCGGAAAAUUCACGGCACUCGACAUUGUCAGCACAUUUCCUAAUGUGGAUGAGCUUAAGUUAGGACCGGGGGCGUGGACUCAACUGGAAAAUUAUGUCAGCUCGUCAAUUUCUUCUCAGUGGAGGAAAUUGAAGAGGUUGAGCAUCAAACUGCCGCCAGUUGAUCUUGACAUAGAAUUGGUGUCGUCUGUGCUCAACUUUUGCAUGCCUUCUUGUGAAGUGGCAGUGCUUAUUCACAAAGAUUCUUCUGAUUCUAUCAAGAACAGAACUAUUGGAAGGUGCAGAAGCCAUUUCCCAAUUUUUAAGUGGAAGUGGGGAAUAUGGAAGGAAUCAUGUGUGGAUAACUUCAUGGAUUUGCAUUAUGAGAUAAAUUUUUGAGCUGGAGGUCUUUUAAUCGAACAGUACGUCAGCUUUACUUCUGUUAUUGCUGUUUUUUGUCUGAAGUAUAUAUAUUUGGCAAUUCGGCUUGCAAAUACGUUGUAGGUGGCAAAUCUGUUGAAGAAAAUGUUGAUGUAAAUAUUACAAAAAUGAUUGAAGGAUUCUUAAGACUCAUUUCUGUAUAGUUUCCGAUGCAUACAA